GCCAGGCGACCAAAGGAACCAUGCUCCCUGUGUUUUCGGGAAAGUUAUGCCAGUGUCUCAGUGUAACACGGUUCCCUUCUAUCCUGUUCCUUGGAGUUAUUUAUGUAGCCUAUGUCCUUGUUGGAGGGCUGAUCUUCUGGAAACUAGAAGGAUGGUAUGUGUUGCAACAGAUUGAUCUCCUGAAGGAGAAAAGAAUGAAACUACUUGAGAAGUACCCAUGUGUGGGUCAGAAUGGUCUCCGAGAACUAGCACAGAUGGUAAAAGUUGCAUCCCUUAGUGGCUUGAGUCCAGACAGCAAUGACACCGCAGAUGGCUUCUGGAAAUUUACCAGCUCAUCUGUGUUUGCUGCAACUGUGGUCACAACUAUUGGCUAUGGGAAUAUAGUUCCACUGACGACAGCUGGUCAAAUCUUCUGUGUGUUUUUUGCUGUUUUUGGCAUUCCCUUGAACGUAGUGAUCCUAAAUAGAGUUGGAAAAUACAUGCUGGCCAUUGAGAGAAAUUUUUGCAAUUUUCUGGAGAAAAAAAUUGAUAGAGGGAAAUGUGUACGAAUAUCCAUUCACAGUAUAUCCUUUGUGAGCUCAGCAUUAAUGUACUUUGUGGUUCCUAUGCUGCUUUUUAAAGCGUAUGAGGGAUGGAGUUAUGCUGAAGCCAUUUAUUACUGCUUCAUAACACUCAGCACUAUUGGAUUUGGAGAUUAUGUUGCAGAUAACAACCCAGCGAUAAACUACCCAGAGUGGUACAGCUGUCUAAUUGCAGCCUGGAUAUUCUUUGGCCUGGCUUGGCUCGCUCUUCUGAUCAAUCACUCCAUUGAUUUACUGGAGAGUGUGAAUGUUUACAUGAGAGGAAGGCAGAAUGCACAAGCACAAGUGGAGGAGUCCAAAGAACAGCCAAAAAAGGGACUGAAAGGGGAAGAAACAUGAAAAAUUAAUUUAACAGUGGUAUGAAAAACAGGAGGGUGUCUGGUGUAUUAAUAGUACUGUAUCUAUUCAUCAUAAUGCUAACAAUUAAAACAAUAUAUGGUUAAUUAUUAAUUUAAAUACUCAAUGUUUAAAGUAUCCUUCGAAUUUAAAAUUGAUAAAAUUCAAAUCAUAGUUUCUUCUAAAAACUGAGCUAACUGUUUUGAUUACCCAACAAAGUUUGUUUAAAUCAGUAAUGACAUUUAAGCAUCACGUGUCUGACUGAUAAUGUUUGACUUGAAAAUCGCGUUUCGUUCACUUAAAAUGAAUUGCUAUCACACCACAAACCAUCAGGCCUGUAAAACUCACAAUAUUAAAAGAAUGUGUUUAUGUAUUAUAUAAGACCAUUAUUAUAACCAUUCAGUGAUAUAAAACUAGAACACCAGUUCAUAAUCAUUUUGUUAGAGUGUGAGUUAUAAAAUUACUUUGAGGGAAGGUCUAGCUUUUUA